AUGCAGUUCUCCAUCCUGACCGUUCUUACUCUGGCCGCCGUCGCCAUCGCCAGCCCCACAGGCUUUGCCAAGCGUCAGGACAUUGGUGCCGAUAUCCCCGCCGAUACCCCCGCCAUGACAGAUGCUGAGGGCAACGUCGUGCCCUUCAUCGCCAAGGACGUCCACCUGGGCGAGGUGAAGCGAGGAGUCUACAUCAAGAAGCGAUUUUAA